CCCAAUGACCCGGCCCCGCCCUGCAGACACGAGAUGCGGUAGAGCUGGGGAGCAGAUCGCCAGAGUUAAAGGGGUGGUGUUGUUGGGGGGAGGGGUAAGAUUCUGUGCCCCUCAAGAGGUACGUCUCCUUUGACCGGCUCUUGGAGUCCUCAGGUCAGCAGACAGGGACCUCGCACCCCAUGAGUCUGGGGACAAGGGCGCCGCAGCAGACAGCCAGGUUUUGGUUCACUCGCAGCAUCACCCACCUCUGGAUCUUUUCUCCUCUCUCAGCCCAGCUUCGCUGACUAGACCUCCCAACUGAGACCUUGGAUUGGUACCCUCUCGGUCCUGCGGAAUUCGGAGUUUCAUUACUCCCACCCACUGCAUGUGGCUCUUAGAGAAAGCUGGCUACAGGGUGGGGACCGCGGAGCCUGGAGCUCGGCGGGCGCCCUCCAGCCUGUUUCCUAAGCGCCGGGUCCCGGGCCCACCCACGCGCGCCUUCCCUAAUGUCCUCACCCCUGAUCGCAUCCCGCAGUUCUUCAUCCCACCUCGGCUCCGGGACCCAGGCGGCGUCCAGCCCCGGGCCGGGCCCAACGUGGGCGGGCGCAGCCUCCCCUCUGCCUGCUCGCUGCCGCAUCUAGCGGGCCGCGAAGGCUGGGCAUUCCUGCCCGAGAGCCCGCACACGCGCCGGCGCGAGUCUCUGUUCCACUCGCCGCCGCCCGGCCUGGCUGGGGGACUCCCCCCAACGCAGUCUCGACUGUAUGUCUCAGCCCCGGACCUGCGCCUCUGCCUGGCCCCCGACAGCGACACGGCCUCGUCGCCCGACUCAUCGCCCUUUGGAUCCCCCCGGUCGGGUCCUGGCCGGCGCCGGUCACCCAGGCCCGACUCGUUGUCCCCGGAAGAGGCCGACUCGUCCGACACCAGCCCGUACGCGCCGCGCCGCGCAGGGGCGCCCACGCCGCCGCUUUUCCACCUGGAUUUCCUCUACUGCCAGCUGCGGCCGACCAAGGAGAGCGUGCUGCGCCUUGGGCCCCGCGGCGGGCAACUCCGGCUCUCCGCCGAGUACCAGGCCGGGCUCGGGCGGCUGCGGCUGCGCCUGGUGAGCGCUGAGGCCCUUCCCCGGCCUCGGGCGGGCCCCGGUAGCGGCGGCGGCGGCUGCUGCGUGGUGCUAAGGCUGCAGCCCCGCGUCCGGCCGAGAGCCCAGCGGAGCCGAGUGGUCAAAUGCAGCGCCAACCUCAUCUUCAACGAGGACUUCUUCUUCGACGGACUCGGCCCUCCAGACCUGGCCGCCCGCAGUCUGAGGGCCAAAGUGCUGGACAGAGGCUUGGGACUGCGCAGGGACGUGCUGCUGGGGGAGUGCGAGACGCCCCUUAUUGCCCUGCUGCCCCCCUUGGGUGGAGGGCUAGGCUCUGGAUCUUCCCUGGUGCCCGCCCAUCUCAGCCUGUAAGCUGAGACUGCAGUGCAGCUUCCGCAUAUCUCUCCACUGGUCCGCGGUCUUCAUUCUUUCCAUCUACUUAUCGUGUAUUUAUUUUUGCUAAUAAAAUGGCCAUUUGUCUCUA